UUUAAAAAACAUAUUUAGUAAAUAGUAUCAAAUAUUUUGUGAGAUUAAAAAAGUGCUGAAAAAAUAAUGUAUCUUCAUUUUAAUAUUUUGAUUUGCAGCAGUCUUCAAACACAAAAAAAGUCCAAAUGAUUCCUCAGCAGCGACACCACUACUCCACCGUGUGGCGUUUGCGAGUGUACGUUCUGCGUGUACAUCCAUUACGAAGCAGUGCAUUAUUCUCGCGAUAAAGAACAACACGUUCGACCGUUACGUCACUGCUCCCUUUGAACACGUGAUACGCUUUGUCCAACCAUAACUCGGCUUCAGUUGGGCCAAGCGCGCGAGCCGGAUUGAGGUUGUCUUUGGUUUUCAUGCAGACCUUGUUUCGUUGUUUUCUUCAGGUAUGGCGGAGCCGAAGAAACGACAGCGUCUCAGUCAUGUCAAGAGCAGCCACAAAACGUCAAACCACAGUCAGAGCGAAGGAGACGAGCGCUUUGUGGACGGUUCUAUUAUUUCCAUCACCAUGAAAAACUUCUUAACCUACGACUACUCUGUAGUGAAUCCUGGUACUAACCUGAACAUGAUUGUUGGAGCCAACGGAACUGGCAAGUCCAGUAUUGUCUGUGCCAUAUGUCUUGGUCUUGCUGGCAAGACUUCUGUUCUGGGCAGAGGAGACAAGGUUGGGCUUUACGUCAAACGUGGAUGCAAGAAAGGAUUCAUUGAAAUUGAAUUGUACAAGAAAGAUGGUAACGUAGUGAUUCACAGAGAGAUCCAUGUGGAGAACAACCGCUCUGUUUGGAUGCUGAACAAAAGACACUGUAGCCAGAAAGAUGUGGAAGAGGAAGUCAGAACUCUGCAGAUCCAAGUCAGCAAUCUCUGCCAGUUUCUGCCUCAGGAGAAAGUGGGGGAGUUUGCCAAAAUGUCCAAAAUAGAGUUGUUGGAAGCAACAGAGAAGUCAGUGGGACCACCAGAGAUGUACGAGUACCACUGCAAACUAAAAAACUUCCGUGGGAAGGAACGGGAACUCGAGAAUGCUGUGAAAGAAAAAAACAGCUUCUUAGAGAAGGCCAAACAGAGGAACGAGAGAAACAAGCUGGAUGUGAACCGUUUCUAUGAAAGGCAGAGACAUCUGGACAUGAUAGAGCUGCUGGAGAAGAAGAAACCGUGGGUGGAGUAUGAGACUGCACGAGUUGAGCGUGACCAUGUGAUAGCAGAGAGAAACGAGGUCAAGCAGCGGCUCAUAACACUGAAGCAGGUUCAAGCUCCAGUGGUGAGGAAGAUCCAGCAGAUUGAAAACCAAUUGCAUUCCACCGAAGCACAACUUGAAGCAAAGACUGCUGCCAUUAAAGAGGCCUCAAACAAGUGCAAACAGAAGCAGGAUCAGUUGGAUCGAAAACACAAAGAGAUUGACGAUAUUAAACAGUCUCUGAAACUCAAGCAAACAGAGGCUGAAGACCAACAAAAGCGAAUCGGCAACACCAGGCGGAACAUUGAAGACCUAAAGGCAGAGCUUGCUAAAACUGGUGAUCAGCCUGAUGUGACUCCACAGAUCAACGCCAUCAAUGUGGAGCUGAGACAGAUGCAGCAGGACCGAGCGAGGAUCGAAGGAGAGAAGGCCGACCUUCGCAGGGAGAAGGACAACCUCUGUGCAGAGUCUGCCAUGUUGGAGAAAAAGCUCAACUGCAUGAACAACAUGAUGAAUGCCAAAGAGGAAAAGCUGAAAGGACGGCAUAAAGACACUUACGUUGCACUUCAGUGGCUCAGGAAGAACAGACAAAUGUUUGAAGGAAAUGUCUAUGAGCCCAUGAUGCUGGUGAUAAAUGUAAAAGAUCACCGGUUUGCCAAGUACGUGGAAAAUCACAUUCCAUUCCAUGAUCUACGGGCGUUUGUCUUCCAGAAGAAGGCAGAUAUGGAGAAGUUCAUGACUGAGGUUCGUGAUAAAAUGAACUUGAGGGUAAAUGCAAUUUCUACUCCAGAGAAAUCGUUUUCUGAACAACAGCCAUCCAGACAUAUUGAGUCCUUGAGACGUUUUGGCUUCCACAUCUACCUGCGUGAGAUGUUUGACACUCCUGAAGAAGUGAUGAGUUACCUCUGUUACCAGUACAAAGUACACGAAGUUCCAUUAGGCUCACAGCAAACCAAAGACAUGAUACAUACGGUAAUCGAGGAGCCUUACCUCAGAAUGUUUUACACACCAGGGGAAAGGUACAUGGUGAAGAGGUCUUCGUACUCCCACAACAUCAGCACCAGCAACUCCUUAGUGCAGGAAUCUCAGUUCUUAACCAUCACUGUUGACGCCGACGAGAAACGACGCCUGGAGGAGCAGAUAAAGGCAUCCAAAGAGAAGCUGCAAGAAAACAAUGAAAGAAUGAAGAACUUUCAAGCUGAAGCUGUCAGCCUGGAUCGUCGGGAUAAUGAAUUACUGGCAGAAAAGAAACGUCUGUCUGAACUGAAGGGCAAAAAGAGACAACUGGAGCAGAAAAUCAGCAUCAAACAGGACAGUGUGAGGCAGAUGGAGCAAAAUGUGAUCGACCUGGCAAAGAUUGAAGAGGAGACAAGGGAGAAGAUUGCAAAUGUUAAUUCUCAGAAGGUUUCAGUGGUGGCUGAGUUCAUGGCCCAAAUGAAGCUUAGAGCCAAGUUGACAGUGGAGAAGGUGUACCUCACGUUGGACACAGUGGGACAGACGGCGGAGAAGAGAAAGCUGGAGAAUGACUUUAGAGAAGGAACCUCCGAACUAAAAACCGUCAAUCAAAGGUACAUCCAGCUGGAGGAGCGGAAGAGCCGGCUGACGGAACAAUGCAAAGCCCUGCUGAAGAGAGCAAAGUCUGUCUGUGGGAUGCAUUCUGACCAGGUCUUGCCUGAAGAACUGCGUAAUGCUUUCAGCAAACUGCCUGACACGCUGGACGAGAUAGAUGCCAGGCUGAACGAGGAGCGCUCCAGGUCCGAGUGUUUCACCGGCCUCAGUGAAAGUGUCGUUGAUGAGUACAGAAGAAGAGAAGAGGAGAUUCGACAUCUGGAGAAGGAACUGGAAGAAAAGACCAACAGCCUCACGGCCUACAGGCAGAACAUAGCAGAGGCCAAAGACCGUUGGCUCAACCCUCUGAAGCAGCUGGUUGAACAGAUCAAUGAGAAAUUCAGUGACUUCUUUCGCUCCAUGCAGUGUGCAGGAGAGGUGGAUCUUUACACAGAGAAUGAGGAAGAGUAUGACAAAUACGGAAUCCGAAUCCGGGUCAAGUUUCACAGCAGCUCUCAGCUUCACGAGCUGACCGUCCACCACCAGAGCGGAGGGGAGCGCAGUGUCUCCACCUGCCCCUUCAGGGUGGUGGACGAGAUCAACCAGGGAAUGGAUCCUGUCAACGAGAGGAGAGUGUUUGAUAUCGUGGUGCGUACUGCCUGCAAAGAGACGACGUCCCAGUAUUUCUUUAUCACACCCAAACUGCUGCAGAAUCUUCAGUACGCUGAUGAGAUGACAAUCCUGUGCGUUCACAACGGUCCUUACAUGCUUCCCCCGAGUCAGUGGAACGAGAAGGCAUUGAUCAAACGGUGUUUGCAGAGAAAAGCCCGAGCGUGAAACCACCUGACCAGGCCGAGUCACUCACUCACCAAAUAUGUGACUGUGCAGCUCAAAAUCUGAGUGAAUACAUUCUGAGUUUUUUUUUUUUUAAA